AUGAGGCCGAUCAGGGGGAGUCUGAUACUGAGGGUUCUGGUGAGCACAGCCUUGGGGGGGCUGCUGGUACUUCUGGUGGGUCAGUUUGUAGAUUCCCAGACUCCUUCCAUGGAUUUGAGGUCCUUGAUCUCUACAGAGCUGGAUGAGGAUACUCCAAGUCCUUCUCUAAGGAAGUUUGAGUGGCAGGCUCGAACACCACAUCCCUUGGACCUCAGGUACCCUCACUCCUAUCCUUUUCUACUCAAUCACCCUAACAAGUGUGAUGGUCCCAGAGGUGCUCCCUUCCUGCUCAUGCUGGUGAUGACCCAGCCCCAGGAUGUGGGGAUGCGCCAAGCCAUCCGGGAAACAUGGGGCAAUGAGACCUUAAUACCAGGUGUGAUCAUCCGCCGCCUCUUUGUUCUUGGUCUGCCCCCACCCCUUUUCACCAAAGAAAUUCAUACCCUCCUAAAAGAAGAGGACAAGGAACAUGGGGAUCUCCUCCAGGUGGGCUUCCUGGAUACAUAUGUCAACCUGACUCUCAAGGUCCUCAUGGGGCUGAAGUGGAUGGCCCAGUACUGUCCCAAUGCUCAGUAUGUGCUCAAGGUCGAUGGUGAUGUCUUCCUCAACCCUAGCUUUCUGGUACAGAAGGUGCUCCAACCCAAUGGACCCCCACGGCCUGACUUUAUCACAGGUUACAUCUACAAAAAUACAGGCCCUAUUCGGAACCCUGCUUACAAGUGGUACAUGCCCCAAGAAUUGUACUUGCAGGACAAGUACCCCCCAUACUGUGGGGGUCCUGGCUAUGUUAUGUCUGGCCCCUUAGCCCUCAGGAUCUCGGAUGUGGCUCAGACUCUCAAGGCCAUCUACUUGGAAGAUGUAUUUGUGGGCUUGUGCAUAGAACAGUUAGGGGUGAAGCCCACUCCUCCUCCUCCCGACACCUUCCUAAUGUUUCGACGAAAGUAUGAGCACUGUGCCUUCCAUAGACUCGCCCUGGUUCACCACUUCCAGCCCCGGGAGCUGCUGCAGAUUUGGCGAGACUUCCAGUCAGUCAAUACGACCUGCCCUGUGAAAUGA